ACCCCCCCCCAAUUACAUACCUUCCUAUUCUCUCUUACAAAUUACAAUCAAAAUUAAAGCAAAUGGAAUUCACCAGUUUAGUUGAUACUUCUUUGGAUUUGAACUUUAGACCUCUUCGAGUUUCCGAUGAAUUACCGAAACAGGAAGUUGAGAGUAAUUUCAUUGGACUUGGAAGAGAUCCCGUACUACCUAUCAAAGAUGAGACAGGCAAUUUAAUGGAGGAACUAAAUAGAGUAAAUGCUGAAAAUAAGAAAUUGACGGAGAUGCUUACAGUUAUGUGCCAGAAUUACAAUUCAUUGAGAAAUCAAUUGACGGAAUAUUUGAGCAAGCAGAAUAGUAGUACUAGUGGAGCUGAUCAGGAUCAGAACAGCGAUGGAUCGAAGAAAAGAAAAGUUGAAAACAAUAAUAAUAAUAAUGAAAUUGUGAAAUCGUCAGUUCAAGUGUUGAAUUCAGAGAGCAGUUCAAGUGAUGAAGAUUCAUCUUCAAAGAAACCAAGAGAAGAACACAUUAAAACUAAGACUUCUAGAGUUUAUAUGAGAACUGAACCAUCUGAUACUUCUCUUAUAGUGAAAGAUGGAUAUCAAUGGAGGAAAUAUGGACAGAAAGUAACAAGAGACAACCCAUCUCCAAGAGCUUAUUUCAAGUGCUCUUUUGCUCCUACCUGCCCCGUUAAAAAAAAGGUUCAAAGAAGCGUGGAAGACCAAUCGAUUCUAGUAGCAACCUAUGAAGGAGAACACAACCAUUCUAAAGUGGAUACUGUUACAACAACUUCCCCUUCUAGCCGUUUCAACCCAAAAAACAAUGUUUCGGGUAAUUAUACUGCUUCAGUAAUGCCAAGUUCCACUACUAAUAUCAUCAACACAUCAGGACCAAAACCAAUGUUAACUCUUGAUUUGGCUGAACCAAAAACAUUACAAAAUGAUGUCAAAAAAGUGAACAGCAAUACAAGUACAAGUGGUCACAAGCGUACAUCACCAGGAAAUGAUCAUCAACAACACCAAAAUAGACCAGAGUUUCAACAUUUCUUGAUAGAACAAAUGGCUUCAUCAUUGACUAAAGAUCCAAGUUUUCAAGCGGCCUUAGCCGCCGCCAUAUCAGGAAAAUUCUUGCAAAAUAAUAAUAACACUAAGGAUAAAUGAAUAAUUAAAACGAAAAUUAUGUCUCACAUUGAAAUGUUGCAGAGAAAGACAGGCAGCCACUAGGACAUGCUGUAUAUAGUGUUUACUAUAAUUGUCUUUUUUUUUUGGAGAACAGUAGGCAGUAGGUUGGACUAGUAAGUGCACGUGGAAAUGGAAUGUGCCAAUUUUCUAUAGCAGCCUAUAUUAGUUAGGUCUCAAUUUGCGCCUUUCAGUCUCACAAGAUUGAGACUUUUGGUGGGUCUUAAAUUAAAUUGUUGAAUUUGCUCAAAUAAAUAUUUAAUAAUUUGA